AUGGCCACUAAUUCAGCGCCCAUUACCCUUUCAUCCCUAACCUCUCUGCAGCCAACAACCCUGGCUCCUCUUCUCCUCGAACCUUCGGAACAAUCCAAGAUUGCUAUCAUCGAUGUCCGAGAUUCAGACCACAUCGGUGGCAACAUCAAAGACAGCACCUGGGUCCCGCUGCACGAGUUGGACGCUCGAAUGCCCGAACUCGUGAGGACGCUGAAAGACAAAGAAAAGGUAGUCUUCCACUGCAUGUUGAGUCAGCAGAGGGGCCCGAAAGCUGCAUUGAGCUAUGCAAGAGCAAAGCAGAGGGCUGAAGCAAAAGAGCGGGCGUCUGAGGACAAGGAGUCGGCACACGACCACGACCAGAAACAAGAACAGAAGAAGCCUGUGGCUCAGGAAAUCUGUAUCUUGGAAGGCGGGUUUGGCUCGUGGCAGGCGCUCUACGGUGAGGAUCCACGGUUGACGGUCGAUUAUCACCCAGAUUUGUGGCUGUGA